CUUGUUUAUAAAAAAUCAGUUCACGCUAAAAGCUGAAGUCAAAAAUCAUGAAAAAAACAUUUUAUUGGCUGAAACCACUGCCAUUGUAAAUUAUAAUGGAUUUACCUGAAGAGGUUUGGGAUAAACUUAGAGAAUUGCAGCAAGAACUUGAUGAAGGUGAUAUUACAUCGAAGGGUUAUGAGAAAAAAAGAGCAAAACUUUUAGAGCCAUAUGUCAAUAAAGCACUACCUAAGUCAAUACCUAACAGUGAUUCUAAAGAAAUACCACCAAGACUUACAGCAAAAAAUGCAAAUAGACCAACAUCAAAUUCAUCUUUGUCUGAAUUAUGGGGUACUUCUACCCCAAAUAGUAUAAAUGGAAGUAAAACAAGUUCAGAAUUUGAAGAUAAAAAUUCUAGUGCAAGCUGGCAUGAGUCACCAGAUUUUACAUCAGGAGUUCGACAAGAAGCCAUCAAUAAUGCUCUUCAAAAACACAAAGAAAGUGAAGGCGUUGAUCAAGCACCAGCACCAAUUAAGCGAGCAUCUUUUGUAAACCGUCGACAAAAAGAUCCUCAACUUAGUUCUAGCUACACUGCUCCUCCAACUACCUUUGAAGAUACACCUUUGAGUUCUAUUGAGAGUUUGGAUGUUUCACUUUCUGUUCUAAACAAUUCUGAAAAUCAGUAUGAUCUUCAUCAAAAGUCUUUGGAUCCACAAAUAACAGUUGUAGAUGGUCAGACUUACUUUGGUGAGUCUGCCCCACUACCUGACCUUACUAGUAGUAUUAUUUUGCAGAAUGAAAUUAAUCAUUAUCAAAAACUAAAAGCUAAACAAGUUUCAGUUCGUAUUUCUUCAGAUGAAAAUACUGGAAAUUCAAGAGUAUCAACAAAAAUUCAACAACUUCUUAACACACUAAAGAGACCAAAGAAAAAGCCUAUAGAACAAUAUUUUGAAGAUGAUGCUGAUAUUGUCGAAAUUACUCAACCAGAUCCAUCAGCUCCCACUCCAGAAGGAGCACCUAGCAAACCAACCAUAGGUGAACAAUUGUUGAUAUCUGAAGGAUUACCUAAUUCUUUCAUUGAUGCUGUCAGAAGAUAUGGAACAUCUUCAAACAAAGCUCCAGCUAUAUCAGUUGUUGAUCAAAAUGGAAAAAUUGCUUAUACUCUACUUUAUGGGAAGUUGUUAACUCGCAGUUAUAGAAUUGCAUAUGCUUUGCUCCAUAAAGUAGGAAGCCCAAAAGAUGGCACUUCGAUUAUGUUAGAAGAUAGGGUUGGUUUGAUGUAUAGCUCAGAUGAUAUUGUUGGUUUUACAUGUGCUUUUUAUGGGUGUUUAUUUGCUGGUGUUGUACCAGUUCCUAUUCAUCCUCCAAUACGAAAAGAUGAUGCUGGUUUACAACAGAUAGGAUUUUUGUUGGGUAGUUGCGGUGUUCACUGGAUGUUAACAUCGGAGUCAUGUUUCAAAAACCUGCCUAAAGAGGAAGGUAGUUCAAAUGUAAUUAAUUUUCGAGGAUGGCCAAAAGUACUAUGGUUUUUCACAGAGAAUCUAAGUAAACCUCCUAGAGACUGGCAUCCUCCUCAUAUGGCUAAAGAUAAAAAGACUGCAGCUUAUAUUGAACAUACAGUAGAUAAAGAUGGUAGCGCGCUUGGAGUUGUUGUGACUCGUGAUGCCAUGUUUAUGCAUACAGUAAUAUUAACUCAAACUUGUGGAUAUACAGAAGGGGAAGUUAUGCUCAGCAUUGUAGACUUCAAGAAAGAUAUUGGUUUAUGGCAUUCUAUUUUUGCUAGUAUAUUAAAUGGUGUACAUGUUGUGUUUAUCCCUCCUAAUGUGCAAAUAAGUUUUCCUACAAUGUGGCUUCAGAUUAUCUCAAAAAUGAGAGCAACGUGCUGUGUUGUUGCAUCCAAAGAUCUUCAUUACACAUUACAUCAUGGACGAGAGCAAAAAGAUUUUAAUUUAUCAUCACUGAGGAUGUUACUACUUUCAGAUAAAGCCAAUCCUUGGGCACUUUCUGCUUGUGAUUCAUUUUUUAACUUGUUUGAAAGUAAGGGAUUACGGAAGGAAACUUUAUGUCCUUGUGCAUAUUCUUCUUCAGCAUUGACAGUUGCAAUAAGAAGACCCGGCAACCCAGGAACAAUAUCAACUGGUCGUGGAGUUUUGUCUUUGACUGGGUUAAGCCAUAAUGUUGUGCGUGUUGAUCGUGAGGGUUCUUUAACUGCUUUAACUCUUCAAGAUUGUGGCAUGGUUGUUCCAGGAGCAAAAGUUGUUGUGAUUAAAUUAAAUGGACCUCCACUUUUGUGCAAAGUAGAUGAAGUUGGCGAACUAUGUAUAAACUCUUAUUCCAGUGGAACAGCAUAUUUCGGACUCACAGGAAAAACGACUCAUACAUUUAAAGUUCAGCCAAUUGAUGAAAGUAGAACAUUAUCUGAUAUGUAUGUUCGUACUGGUCUUCUUGGAUUUCUUGGACCAGGUGGUUUAGUUUUUAUAACAGGUGUAGUAGAUGGUUUGAUGGUAAUUCAGGGUCGUUACCAUAAUUCUGAAGAUAUUAAAGCCACUGUUUUGGCUGUUGAGCCUGUAAAAUAUGUUCAUCGUGGUCGGAUAGUUGUUUUUUCUGUCACUGUUCUUCGUGAAGAGCGAAUGGUGAUUGUUGCAGAACAAAAAGCAAAUUGCAGUGAAGAUGAAAGUUUUCAAUGGAUGUCACGUGUUCUCCCUGCAGUUGACACUGUUCACUCAGUUGGUGUUUACUGUUUAUGCCUUGUUCCACCUAAUGGAUUACCAAAGAGUAGUAGUGGCCGCAUUUGUACAGAGGAGACAAGAAUUCGUUUUCUAGAAGGAUCACUUCAUCCUGUAAAUGUUUUAAUGUGCCCACAUACAACAGUUACAAAUUUACCAAAACCAAGACAGAAAUAUCAAGAACCAGGUCCCUCUGCAGCUUUAGUUGGAGGUUUAUUGAAGGGUCAAAGAAUGGCUGAAGCUCAAGGACGCGAGGUGGCAGACUUAGAUGAAUCAGGUGAUAUGGCAAAAAAAUACCAGUUUCUUUCAGAAAUACUAAAAUGGAGGGCACAAUCUAGUCCUGAUGAUAAUUUGUUUACUUUGCUAAAUUCUAAGAACAAUGUUUCUGGUACAAUGAACUGUCUUCAAUUGCAUAAAAAGGCAGAGAAAUUAGCAUUGGCAGCAAUUGAGAAUGGAAAGCUUAAAUCAGGUGAUCAUGUUGCACUAGUAUAUCCUCCUGGUCUUGACUUGAUAUGUGCUGUUUUUGGCUGUUUAUAUGUUGGUAUUAUUCCUGUUGCUAUAAGACCUCCAACUCUUAGCAAUUUAACUACAACAUUGCCUACUGUUAAAAUGAUUGUACAGGUCAGUAAAUCAGUUGCAAUACUUACUACAACAAGUAUUAUUAAAUUAUUAAAAAGUAAGGACGCUUGUAAUGUUAUUGAGGCCCGUGUUUGGCCUCAACUAAUAAACACAGAUGAUAUUCAGCGUAAAAAAGGAACUUUGACAUAUCGUGCUCCAACACCAGAAAUGUUAGCAUAUUUAGAUUUUAGUGUUUCAACCACUGGAAUGCUAGCAGGAGUUAAAAUGUCUCAUGCAGCAAUUACAUCACUUUGUCGUGCACAUAAGUUAGCAUGUGAGCUAUAUCCUUCUCGUGAGGUGGCAAUAUGUAUGGAUCCUUAUUGUGGUCUUGGAUUUGUUUUAUGGUGUUUAAGCAGUAUUUAUUCUGGUCACCACACUAUUUUGAUUCCUCCAAUGGAGCUUGAGACAUCACCAAGUUUAUGGCUCCAGGCUGUCAGUCAAUACAAAGUUCGUGAUACAACUUGUUCAUACCCAGUUAUGGAGCUAUGUACAAAGCAUCUUUCACAGCACAUUAAUACUCUUAAAGCAAAACAUGUCAGUUUGUCAUCACUACGAACAUGUGUUGUUGUUGCUGAAGAACGUCCUAGAAUUGCACUUAUACAAAGAUUUAGUGCUUUGUUUGCAUCCCUUGGAUUAUCACCAAAAGCCGUUAGUACAUCUUUUGGAUCACGAGUCAAUAUUGCAAUAUGUAUGCAGGAAGCAUCUCAUCCUGAAGCAAGCAUGGUUUAUAUUGAUACUCGAUCAUUAAGGCAUGAUCGCAUUCAGCAAGUAGAAAGAGGAGCUCCUCACAGUUUGUGUCUUAUGGAGUCAGGGAGGAUAUUGCCUGGAGUAAAAGUUGUGAUUGCUAACCCUGAAAGUAAAGGUCAAUGUGUUGAUUCGCAACUUGGAGAGAUAUGGAUAUCUUCGCAACAUAACGGGAGCGGAUAUUUCAAUGUUUCAGAAGAUGACCAGUUAACCGAGGAACAUUUUCGAGCUCAUCUUGCAACUAAUGAUACAUUGACAACAUUUGCAAGAACUGGCUAUUUAGGUUUUGUGAAGAGAACUGAGCUGACUCAAACAGACGGAGCUCCUCAUGAUGCUCUAUUUAUUGUUGGGGCAUUAGAUGAAGCCAUCUUAUUAAGAGGUCUUCGUUAUCACCCCAUUGAUAUAGAAAUGAGUGUAGCACGUGGUCAUAAAGGAAUCGGAGAAUGUGCUGUAUUUACAUGGAACAACUUGCUGGUGGUAGUAGUUGAGCUUGAAGGUGACGAAAAAGAAGCGCUAGAUCUUGUUCCCUUAGUUACAACAAUCGUACUCGAGGAGCAUCAGGUAGUUGUGGGAGUGGUUGUUAUAGUUGACCCUGGCGUUAUUCCUUUAAAUUCUCGUGGUGAAAAACAAAGAAUGCAUUUGCGUGACAGUUUUCUUGCUGAUCAGUUAGAUCCUAUUUACGUUGCCUAUAAUAUGUAGUCUUUUAAUUAAACCCUUGAUAAUUGUAUA